AUUUCUAUAGUCUACGCAUUUUUUUUGUGGUACUACUUAUAGUUUCUCUAAUAUUCUAAUCUGUGCUUCUAAGUAACUCGAGUAAUUUUCUAAUUUAUUUACUUACUUUUUUAAUUAUUUUUUUUAAUUGUAUUACGUGUUCAUUUUAAUCUGACAGGUAAAGCAAAGAGUAUAUUACCAAGGGAAGAGAUGAAGAAAAUUGUUAUUUUCGGUUCUACCGGUAUGACCGGCUUAUGCGCUCUGGAAGCAGCUGUAAAAAAAGGUCUCUCAGUCCGAGUGUUAGUUCGAGACCCUGCCAAAGUACCUGCACACCUCAAAGAAAAAGUGGAGAUCUUAGAAGGUGAUGUGGUGAAUAAACCGCAAACUGUCCAAGAUGCAGUAGACGGUGUUGAUGGAGUCGUUGUCAUCCUUGGUACGAGGAAUCGUUUGGAGGCAACCACAGACCUGUCAGUUGGAUUAAAGAACAUUCUAGAAGCAAUGGCUGCUAAGAAUGUCAAACCAGUGUCUGUUUGUUUAUCUGCAUUUCUUUUUUACGCACCUGAGAAAGUCCCGAAGAUGUUUGUGGACCUGAACGAAGAUCACAAAAGGAUGUUUGAGCUGUUAAAAACAAGCUCGGCAGAUUGGAUAGCUGUGUUUCCUCCACACAUAGCUGAUGAGCCCAGUCGCGAGGUCAUUAUUGAAGUGAACCCCAAGCAGUCUCCGGCGAGAUCGAUCUCGAAAUGGGACUUGGGUCAAUUUUUCGUCGACUCCCUCAGUGAACCAAAAUAUUACAAAUCUAUCAUUGGCAUAGCAAAUGCACCCAAACAAUAAAUAUUAUAUUUAUAUUGAACAAAUCGUCAUAGUCGUAGAAUACUGACGGAUCUGACAAAUAUUACAUAUAACGAUCCGUCAGUAUUCUACGACUGUGACGAACUAGUUGUUAGUGAUAAUUAAGAUUACCUAUUUUUGUUAAAAUAAAAUAUUUAAUCGUU